ACCCACCGCUGAAUUGCCUUUUUACGGCAGUUUGGAAUCUUUAUGACAGUUGAGUGAAUGGGAUUCGCUGUGUAACAGGGGGACAGCAGGAGUGUGUGUGUGUGUGUGUGUGUGUGUGUGGUGUGAGGAGCCGAGACGACAGAAGGUGAGAGCUAGGGAAUGGAAACCUUGGCUUGGGAUUCAUCUCUGUUUCUCCAGCAGGAAUAGAUUAGUGAUUUCCGCUUGUGGGCUUUUCCUCCUCCGCAUCACCUGGGUUUGGCCACGCUGCUGGAGGAAUGUAAGACGUUACAGCAAAGUUUGCUUCUUUUUUUUUUUGCAUGAAGACAAAACAAAUGUAGAGAGAACUCGGAAGUUUCUGGAAGCUUUUCAAAGGGUGGAACGGCAUGAAAAAUGGAUGUAGAUGUUCUAGACUGUUCCACUGUUCGCCAAGGUGCCUGAUGACAUCAUGGGCAAAACACCUCAGAAAGACAAAAAAGAUGGUAAGCAAGAGAAACCACGGGGUGGCACUGGCACUGAUGUACCCACCCCCCUCCAGACUACUCACAGUGAGCCAUUCACCUGGGAGAAUUAUUUAAAGGACACUUCAUCUACGCCGGCACCCGCCAGCUGUUUUAGACAGUCCAGGAUUCCUCCCACCAAUGAUUUCAAAGUGGGUAUGAAAUUGGAGACGUACGACCCUCGGAACUCUACGUCCGUGUGUAUCGCCACUGUGAUGGGGCUGAUGGGAGCACGUCUGCGCCUGCGGCUGGACGGCAGCGACAGCACCAAUGACUUCUGGCGGCUGGUCGACUCUUCUGAUAUUCAGCCAGUCGGCACGUGUGAGAAGACUGGAGACAUGCUGCAGCCACCACUAGGUUUCCGGAUGAACGCGUCAUCCUGGCCCAUGUUCCUGUUAAGGACGUUAAGUGGAGCGGAGAUAGCGCCAGCCUCGGCAUUUAAAAAGGAGCCACUCAAGCCAUUGCAAAACCACUUCAAGGUGGGCAUGAAGCUGGAAGCGGUGGACAGAAAGAACCCGUGUCUGAUCUGCCCCGCCACUAUCGGACAGGUGCGUGGAGACCAGGCUUUCGUCAUGUUCGACGGCUGGCGUGGAGCCUUCGACUACUGGUGCAAGUACUACUCCAGGGACAUCUUCCCCAUCGGCUGGUGUCAUCUGACCAACCACAGCCUCCAGCCACCUGGUACCAGCUUCACUCUCCUUAAGAGCCCGAUUCCUUCGCUGUCCCCGUCCCGAUCGUGGCGCCGCUCCAUGCAAUCCCCGUACCAGCUUCCUCACCCGCUGCCCCCACUGCCCGUCCGGAAGGGCGUGCGGGGCCGCCGGCCCAAGAGCCAGACCAUCGCCAUGCUCAAGGCCAUACAGAACGGCCAGACGCAAUCGCAAAGCAGCGCGAAUAAGAGCGCCGAGCCUGAACACCUGGAGCCCAGGCUGCACAAAAAGAGAGGACCCAAACCUGGCAGCAAGAGGAAACCGCGAGUUCUUCCUCCUCUGUCCAGCCCGUCUCUGUCCUCGUCCGUCUCAGAUGGCCGUCUCUCCAGUCUCCAAAUGACCAAAGACUCUGGAGUGUUAUCCACAGUGUGUGUGUACGUGAACAAGCAUGGCGAGUGCGGCCCACAUCUGGACCGAAAGCUGAUGCUGCAGCUGCCGGAUCAUUUCGGACCAGGCCCGGUGAACACGGUGCUGCAGCACGCCGUGCAAGCGUGUGUGGACUGCGCGUACCAGCCCAAAACUCUCUUCAGCUUCCUGCAGUCCCAGUCAGACGGCGGAGAGAUCAUCCGAGUUCGCUCUGACGGAGGGAUCCACUACGUUAAGUUACCUCGAGCCUCCAGUGCUUCAUUCGUGCUGCGCUUCCUCGAGACCCUGUGUCACCAUUUGCAGUCUGACAACCUGUUCAGCAGCCAGCCGUUCAGUCCCCUCACCGCUAACACACACAACGCCUACGACAGGAGCAAGUCAGUGAAGGAAGAGACGUCAGAAGCGUUAUCUAUAGUCCGGGGUAGCAGACGCUUCACCAGAGACUCGUCCACCUAUAGCACUCCGACUCCUACCAACCCACCGAGAACAGACACACACUCUUCAGAAGCAGAAACACUCCCCUCGGAAAAUGGUGUCUCUACUGAGCAGCAUUUCUCCGAGGAGCCCAUGGACACCAGUUCUGUGCCAUCCCGGCCUCCUGCGCCGCGCAGUACAGCCGAGCAUCGUAAUCCAGCCGGGAACAGCCCGCACUACACUCCCCAGCAACCCCCUCUGCGCCGCGUCGCCUCCAACCCAUCCGAGCUGGCCACCACACGCAUGCUCAGACGAGUGGAAGGUACGCUAUCUGCAAGCUCUACCACCGGUCCAGAUCACCAGACAGCUGAGCGAGAGACGUCCAACAAAAGCCCGUCCUCAUGGAGCAUAGAGGAAGUGAUGCAGUUUGUGCGGGAUGCCGACCCUCAGGCCCUAGCGCCUCAUGCUGAACUCUUCAGGAAGCAUGAGAUCGAUGGCAAGGCUUUAAUGCUGCUGCGAAGUGACAUGAUCAUGAAGUACAUGGGCCUGAAGCUGGGGCCUGCUCUCAAACUGUGCCAUCAUAUUGAAAAACUUAAACAGGGCAAACUGUAGCUGGCUUCACUCGAGCACAGCGUAUGCACACGGCCUCCAGCGGGGGGCAUCCGAGCGCAUGAAGUCCUCCUGGAGUUAGAACCGGAUGAGGACCUGAAGAUGGAUUUGCUUGGAGUAAAUACCAAACCCUUGUAUUGAAAAAGUUGCGCUUAAUAAAUAAGGCUAGUUGAAGUGUGAACAUCGUAAAAACAAGCAACAACAAUCACAAUACGAAGCAAACCGUCAAGGUUGUGAGAGCCAAAAUCGUUGUCAAAGAGUCUUUUAGACAGCAGGGGGACAAAAUGCUCCUCUCACUACACUAAUUUUAUAUAGGGAUCAUCUUAGACACAAACGCGGGUUAAAUACUGCCACUACCGACCUCAGCACCUCCUUUUGUGAGAAGGAACAAUGCAGGAACUAUUCAGCAGCUGGACUAAAGCUGAAUCCCAAAGGAUUUCUUUGUCUAUGUGACAGAACCAUGCUGACACUGUAAACCCCCCCCCCCCCCCAUUUCAAUAGCGAUUUAAGGAAAAAAAAAAAAAAAUCACACAGGAGGUAAUGGGUAAUGAACCAUCAUGUAUUAUUUAGCAGAGAGAUUUACAUGCUCUUUUAUAUGUGAACAAAAAUCUGUAACUUCAAACAAGGCUGUUAUAAAAUAACCACUUAAAACCAUUUACUAUAAUUAUAUUUAAACAAAUUUUCUACUGUUAAAUCAGGAACACUUUUAUUGCAAAAAAGACAUCAUCAUAAGCCAAAAUAUAAAAGGCAGCUAUCCAUUUUUCAUUAUCCAUUAUAGUAUAAAAUAUAGUAUAAAAGUCGAGGAUGUUAGCACAAUUCAGUUUAAAUAUACUGGAACGACUGCUUACUUACUUUUUUUUUUUGUUAAUUUAUUACUCCUCAGGAUGCCAGUGUUUUUCAUUGCUUUUCAUUUAUUUAUCCACUUGUGAAAUCACGCCAUCAUUUUGCAGUCAAUUUAGAAUAAAAUCUUCUAAAUUGACUUAAAUGUCUAUAUACAAUUCAUCCUUAUUUAUACGAUUUACACAAUUUUAUAUACGGGUUAAAGUUUACAAAAAAGCUUCUGAAGACGUCUGUGGUUUCAGCUGAAAAAACAGACACCCAAGAGCUCUUUGUUGACCAUCGGACCUUUUUUAUACAUAGGAUACCACUUAUUAAAAUUAAGAAUUAGUUCAUUAAUUAAGAAUAAUCCCAGGCUGUGAAUUUAGCAGCGGAGAAAUAUAUACGCAAAUACGCACAUUGUUUGUUGGUGGGGUGAAAUUCUGUUCUGCUGCCAUAGAAUUUAACUGUAAAUCCAUAUAAGGGGCACCAUGUUACUAAAACAAUGAUCACACUGACUUCACACUGACUUCACAUGUGACUGAGAUGAUUGUUUCUCAGCUUGGUCACAAUAAUCUAAUCCCAGCCAUUUUAUGCUAAGCGAUCUCUUGUUUUUUUUUUUUUUGCUUUUUUUUUUGCAUUGCAUAUGGUUUUAUAUUUCUGUGUUUUGAUGAAAUGUCAAUCUUAAUGAGCACAAUGCUGCUUUUCUAAAAAAAAAAAAAAAAAAAAAAAAGUAUACUUUUAUACGUGUGUUAGUUCUUAGGGCAUCCCUACAUUUCUGUUAUUCUCAGGUUCAAGUUUUCAUUUAUUUGUAUACUUUUCUACAAUAGCGUAAAUUGCUUGCAUUAAAAAAUGGUCACGUUUCUUUCAUAUAUUUCACUGGAACAAAACUUGAAAAGAGGGUUUAUGUUUGACCUCAUUUAAAAAUAUAGCCAUUUCCAGUACUUUUCCAUUAUUUCUAGUAAUAAAAUUUCAAAACAAUAUUGUUUAUGCCUUGUUUUACUUCUUAAAAAAGCUAAUGUAGCUUUAUCGCUGUAGCAGGUAUUGAUAUUUAACUUG